CCAUUAACCCACCCAGAAAUCGAACACGUGACCCAUCCACCCUUCUUCUUCUUCCUCUAUACCCUACAUCUGCCGUCGCCGGGGGGAUUUCCCCUCGAUCUCCCUGCCGCAGCCCCCGCCGCCGGAUCCAAAUUCAUAUAUCCAUCUGCCGCCACCACAAGAGUGAUCGAUAUCCAAUCCAAACCACCCCAGCCGCCGCCACAUCACAAUCGAGCUGCUGCGAUGUCAUUCAAGCCGUAGUCGCAUGAUGGCGGCGGCGGCGAGCAGCAACACAACAGCCACCGGAGGAUUCACGUCGAGGACAGGUUCACCGAUUACAUCGGUCGGGUCAGGAGGAAGCUCCGGACGCUAUCCACCGUUGGCGGCGGCGACAACAAUCGGUAUAAUUAUGAUAAGCGCAAUUCAGGGGUUGGGAAGGACAGCAAGUUCUCUGACUAUAUUAGUCAUGUGAAGAACAAGUUCGUCCGUACUUCAACUACUUCGCCAGCUGCUGCUUCUGCUGCCAAGCCCAAGUCAUGGAUCAAGUGAUUGAUUUGGGUACUUACUGCUUUAAGCAUGCUUAAUUAAUUAAUUGGCGUUCAUUUCACGGUCAGGAAUAAGUCGUUUUCUCGAUAUAUAUAUAUAUAUAUGAUUCCCUUUGUCUCUCGUAUGUGCUUGUGUAUGAUCUUGAUUUGUGAAAUCUUUUCAUAAUUUGUGGGUUAAAUCUCCUGCUUCCUUCAUUGAACAAAUGAACAAUGUUUUC